AUGAAAGAAAAGCUGGAAGCAAGUGAAAAAUCGAAAUGCCUUAGAAGUAAUAUUAAGGGUUGGGCUAUCGAUAAUUUGACAUCAAACGAGCGGAAGCAUAAUGCUGCAGGUUGCAAGGACAUUUCUCAAUUCUCUUCAGAAAAAUGUGAUGACGUUGAAAGAAAGAUGAGGUCCGCUGCAGCACUAAAAGCAUCAAUCGAGGAUUCCAAAACUAUCAUGGCCAUUGUGCAAGCCAAACAUAGAGCAAAUCAACAUUCGUUGUUGUUGGAAGAAAAAGCCUUAUCUAUCCAAGCAGAACAAAAUCUGAAGGAUGAAAAACUCGAGUUAGCAUUGCACCGUAGACUAGCCAAUAUUGAAGCCUGUCAAGAUGCUUUCAGAGAGUCACAGAAUAGAAAGUACAAGGAAAUAAUCGCAAAACUUUUACGUGAAGAACUUCUACAAAAGGAGAAAAUGAAAUCUAUCACACUAGUCCCCAGUCAAAAUGAAAAUGAUAAGAACUUUCAAUACUUAGAAAAUAUCGAAAAACCAUCGAAACUUGAACAACAAAUGAUUGAUGAACUUUUAAAACAUCAGAGUAAAGAUGAAUCAGUGAUAAAUUCGUUGAUGAACCAUUUUUCUGAAGAAACUGCACAAAACAACGAUAACGAUGGUGAAUAUGAGAAAUAUUCACCACAGUCCCACGUCUCAGAAUCUAGUUUAUUAGAUUCAUUCAAGAAACAGAAUAUUGUUACAGAAGACAAUGUAAAUCAAGCAAUAUGUAAUUUUGUAACUCGUGAUACAGUUAGACCAUCAUCUGUUAAAAACGAUGUCAUGACUAUUGCAACAAAUCGUGUCUUACAGAAGUUAACUGACAGAUCAUCUACAAAACUAUCUGAAAUCGACAAUGCAACUUACGACAAGGAAGAACGUACUAACUAUAAAACAUAUCAUUCAGAAAGGAAUUCUAAAGCUGAAAAGGAAAUUUUACGACGUGUGCUUCAACAAACCCGUGAAAACAUUGUACAACCACAAAUUGUGGCAGGAAGAAAAUUUGAUGGUCCAAGUUUUACAGCGAAACCAGCAGAAAUAUGGUUCCAGAACAUUGAAGUGAACAAGACCCAAAAAAUUAAAGUUACACUAACUAAUGCUUCAUAUGCUAUAAGUACAUGUAGAUAUAUUGGCAUAACAUCAACUCUAAUGGAUUUUGUAGAUGUGAAGUUUAUUCCACCAGGUAUGCUUUCGCCUGGAAUGAAUUGUUGGGUUCACAUCAAAUUUACUCCGAAAAUGAACAAAAAUUUAUCUGGUGAACUAGAAUUUCAAUCUCCUACUGGACCAUUCUUUAUUCCAUUUAAAGCAACUGUGAAAAAAUGCGAGUUUUCCAUAGACUGUAAUACCGUAAACUUUGGUGAGGUCGUUAUUGGUGAAACUGCCUGUCGAAGUAUUAAACUGCUUAAUUCUGGAGCAAAAGGUGCUAAAUUUACUUUCAACGCAAUAUCCGAGAUUUACAAGGAAAAUUCUAGCGAAAACAUUAAAGAACCAUCACAAGAAACUAUUCAUGCGAUGAACCCUGUCGAUGAAUCAGUUAAGUUCAAUGAAACGAAUAUUAUUGAAAAGAAUGAAGCUGGUACAUCGCAGGAAAGAGAAAAUGAUAGCAUUCUUCGAUGUGAUAGUGAAAACCAUCAAAACUAUAAAUAUCACCAAAACAAUCAAGUGCACCUUGCAUCUAACAAAUAUUCCUCUAACUUUAAAUCUGGUGAAUUAAAGUCGGGAUAUUUAGCACCGUUCUCUUCAGUUAAAUUAGAAAUUAUUUGGAGUCCUAACGAUAUUUCCAUCGAUAUUAACGAAUGUGCCAUGGAAGAAGAACAAUUUGUUAUUAGUUUUGAUGAUCCUGAAAGUUCAGAUAUUUACAUACAUACUUUUGGUUUUCCUAAAAAUGUUCCAGUAUGGUUAUCAACAUCUAAUUUAUCUAUGGGAAUUUGUUGGUUUGAUAGACUUUAUCAAGAAUGUUUUGCUGUACACAAUAGAACAAAAUCUGCUAUAAAAGUUAUAUUUGAAGUUCAUAAAGAAAUUUCAAAUCACCUAAAAGUUUUACCUAAAACUGGUUUUGUUCAAGCUGAAAGUCGACUACUAGCUCAAGUUAAACUGUUGCCAAAACUCAGUUUAUCCGAUGAUCUUGCACAUUUCUGCGAUUCAGACAACAGUCAUUCCGUUGCAGAAAGUGAGAAUGAAAGUUAUCUCUCAAAGUUAUCAUACGAUUCACAAACAGGUGUACUUCAAGUACCAGUUAUUGUUCAUGUUGUUGGCCAAACUAACAGAUUGGAGCUUAUUGUUGAUGCUGUUAUUACAACAACAGAUUUGGUGCUAUCUCCCAAUCCAAUUAACUUUGGAUGUGCUGAAAUCCAUGAAACUGUAGUUACUCGGUUAUCUAUAACAAAUAAUAGCUUGCUGCCCCAAAAUUUCGGAAUAGUCGAACUACCUGAGUUUGUUGAUAUUCAACCAAAUGAUGGUUUCGGUGUGAUACUUGGUAAAGAAACCAUUGAAUUGGAAGUAUUGUUUCAGCCAAAAAAAGCAAAAGAUUAUCACUUCAGUUUGGUUUGUAAAUCAGGUAUUGGACGUACUUUUACUACAGAAUGUACUGGUGUUGCAGUUUACUCACCGUUAAGUUUAUCAGUCAAUCAACUUAAUUUCAAUCCUACACCUAUCAAUGAAUCUAGUGUAAAUAGUUUAAGAAUCUACAAUCAUCAUACUUCAGCUAAUCCAUUUACGCAUAUACAACCAUGCAUUGGUUCGAAUACAAAACCAGUUCCAGUUGGACCAAGAGCAUUUGAACUUCAAGUAGUCAAGGCUACCAUAACUAACUCAAAUGGUUUAAUUGCAGAUAACAAUUCAUCAAAUGAUCUAUUAGAAUCAGUUUUGUCAACGUUCAUUAGUUUUUAUCCAGCUACUGGAACACUGAAACCAGGAGAGAGCCAGCAAAUAAUGGUUCGUUUUUCACCGUGCUUAAAUAAACAGUGUAUACAAAGAGAAGCAAGUCGAUUGUGUGAUAUAGACAAAGCGGAACAGAGAAAAGAAAAAUCCCUAUUGAAUACAGAAGAAAAGGCUGUGAAACUUAACAAGGUCAAUCAAUCUGCUUCAAAAGCAGGUCAGAGUACACUAGGAAAAAAAGAAAAGAUGGUGGAUAAAAAGUCGUCAAAACUGCCCGAAGAAAAGAUCAUUUCGGAAACAGAAGUAUUGUUCCAGCCGACAGAUCCGGAUUCAAUUAUUGAAAGAAGUGAUGAAUACAUUAGAGGAUUUAAAUCUUUACUUACUCAUUACCCAUACCAUCCAUAUACUUUUGUCAAUAAUCAAAAUGAAUCAGAAGUAGAAUUUUCUCAAAUGUUAACAGCAGCAAAUGAAUCACCUAUGAUUAAAUUAGGUGUGCAUGCAUGGCCUGGAGUUCACGUCGUUUAUCGUGUAGCAUGUUUUGUUGCUGAUGGACCUGGCUCAGACACUGCAGCUAAACCCUCUCCUACUUACAUGAAGGAAAAUACAUUGUUUUUUGAGCUGAUAUGCCCAAUAAUUAGACCGGCUUUACUCAUUGAAUCGAACAAAAGUUAUAACCAACUUGAUUUUGGUGCGAUCUGUGCUGGACAAAGUAGUAUUCGUGUUUUGACGGUUAAAAAUAUGAGCUUCUAUUCGCUACAGCUGAAACCGAAGCCUUUAAAUCCAGUAGGAGCUUUUGAAAUUGUCCAAUUUAAAGAGAUUAUUAAAUCGAGUGCAACAUCUAGUCUAAGUUUUGCAUUCACACCGAAUCCACAUCAAACCUAUUGUACAGAAAUGUUUACAUUAUACGCCUACCCAAUGGACAAUAAAUCUAUGAAGAUUAACGUUGAUGACUUUUGUCCCAUAAAUGUGAAAUUCUCAGGCAUAUGUGUGACACCAGUAAUAGAACUUAAUGGUCCACCUGAGUUAAUUACUGUACCCGAUUCGUUGCAAAAGAUAGAACAACAAAGUUUGACAAACAACUUAAAGCAGACAACACAUUAUCUUAACUUUGGUUAUAUUUUACUUGGCGAAUUCACUGAACGACAAAUAACUCUCUGUAACCCUACAAACAUAACAUUGAAUUUUCAAGUGCAGAAUGAUGAAAACCAAGUAGGUGGAUCACGAAAUCAAAACGGCUUACCUGUAUUCAUGGUUUUACCGAACCAAGGGAAAAUCAAUCCAGGUGAUAAACAAACCAUUUCUAUCACAUUUUCACCUGACCAUGAAAGUGAAGCGUAUCAGCAAACUUAUUUGAUAACACUCCAUUCACAAAUAUAUAACUCACAUAAAUUAGUUCUUAAUGGGGCCUGUAAACAACAUAACUUGUAUAUCCGUGGUGGUGACCGAUUGGACAGUACGAAUGAUAUACUUUGUACAAAUGUACAAAAUGAUUUUCUCGGUGUACAAUUAUUAACGGAAACAAAAGAAUCCAAAACAACUUCCUAUCUAACAAUAAAUGGUCAACAAUCCUGUUUAGUAAGAGAGGAUUCGAAUGCAAACAGUGAAAUAGAACCAAUUGAAAAGGAGGAUGCAGAUAAUCAACUUACCAAAAAAGAAACAAAGCAUAAAGAAACUUCUACUAAAAGACUUUUAUACGUUGGUUAUGUUCAUUCUUCAAGUAGUGGUGCAAAAAAGAAUGGUGAAUGCACAAUAGAAAAUGUAAAUGAAUUAUCCGCUCUUGGAUUUACUAUUAGUCCAACAAAAUUGAUUUUAGAACCAGGAACUGAACAACCAAUUGCAUUUACUUGGACUCCUAAUCCAGAUGUGAGAACUGGAUCAAUUGUAAAGUCAACUGCUACAAUUCAACUUCGAUCUGACGUGACAACAAAUCAUCAAGUGUUUUUGACUGGUAUUUUGUGAAAUCAUGUCCUAUUACACAAUAUUAUCAACCG